AUGCAGCACCGCGGGCCCUCCGUGUUGCUGUUGCUGCCACUGUCCCUGCUGCUGCUGCUGCUGGGGGCAUCCACCGCUGCUCCUUUGGCGACCAGACCCUCCAAGGAAGAGCUGACCCGCUGUCUGGCAGAGGUGGUCACAGAAGUGCUGACGCUGGGUCAGGCCCAGCGAGGCCCCUGCACGACUCUCCUACACAAAGAGAUGUGUGAGACAGAGCCCUACGGCUGUGUGUCCACCGAGGAGAAAGGCCUGCUGGUCGGAGAGUUCAAGAAGCGGGAAGCCGGGGAGACGAGGUCCAGCCAGGAGGUGAGGGAGGAGGCGGCAGCAGCAGAGAGGACCCACGAGUCUGAGGUGCGGGAACAGGCCAUCGGCGAGCAGCUCCACAGCCGGCUCCGCCAGGAAGAGGACCAUGAGGAGGAGGAGGAGAGGGGGCCCGUGGAGACCUUCGAGGGCCUGUGGAAGCAGCGGCUAGAGGAUGGUGGGGGCCCCCAGAAGCGGGUGGCAGAGCAGGCCAGUCACGAGGAGACGGCCCAGUUCGAGGCCGAGGAGAAGGGUGUGCAGGUGCUGGGCGGGGGCCGCAGCCUGUGGCAGGGGGCUGAGGGCCGGGGCAGAGAGAAGCACGAGGAUUUGCUGCGCCACCGCCACCACCAGCCGGAAACCGAGUCCCAGCAGGAGGAGAAGGAAGAGGCUUCAGAGAGGGAGGAGCAGGAUGUGGAGCGGCUGGAGCACGUGAGAGAGGAGCUGAAGAAGGCCACGGAGAUGCUGGGGGAGGAGCUCAGGAGGGAGGGCUGACUCCUGACCUCAUGUCCUCCUUCCUGACUCAUCCUAUGGCUUAGGACUGUUGACCCCCAAAGCCCCCACCUCACCUGGUGCCCCACUCUACUCCCUAACCCGCAGGAGUGGGAGGAGUACCUUGGAACCAGCCUGAGGGGCCAAGUCUGUGCUGGGGAGAGGGGCUAGGCUCAUACUGACUCAGGAAACACUCCGCCACCCACGAAACCCACUCCAACCCUUCUGAGUGAAUAAAGUACAAAGAAAA